AUGCCAGUCAGCAGAAAAGAGAAUGGAGUUCAUAGUAAAAUACCAAGAAUCGAAAAUCUGCGACCCUCGAAAGAGACUUUGAUCCAUUUUUGUUUGAUCUUGGACACAUUACUUGUAUUUAUAAUACUUCUAAUGAUAUUUCCAAAACCGGAGAUGCACUGUUUACCGUUUUAUUGGGCGCCUAAUGGAGCUGGGGACUGGGUCAAAUUUGACGUACUCAAUUCUACUUUUAAUUCUGCAUUUACAAAACCCCAAGCUGAAUUCAUCAACAACCUGUGCAACGGGCGACAUCCUACCAAUUACUUACAAAUUUAUGGAAUACUCGCCGUCGUUAUAGGAACUUUUAUGUGGAUUUGUUUUGAAGGCUGGACUUACCAUCCCAAAAUCGUUGCUUCGCUAGUAACUUUUUGGGAAAUAGAUGAUAUUAUUGGCAAACUAACUCUAAAACCUGAAGAACUAGAGAGAAUGUUAUCUCGGAGAACAGAAACUGUGGCCCCACAAAACAUGGAAGAAAGAAAGAUUCAACAAAUAAAGUUGUUUGUUGGAGGAAUAGAGAGAAAGCGAAAAGAGGAGUAUCAUAAAAGGGCUGGGAACCACUGUUCUAAACGGAAGCCGCGAAGAGUUCGUACAUUCGUCAAUAUGUCUACUGACCAUCACCAAAGGCUUGGACUACUAAAGGCACAAGGCCCUCAACAAAACUUUCUACCGGACAAUGUUGACCAUACACUCUUCCUGUACCAAAGUCUAGGGAAACCUACAAAGUUUUAA